AUGCAUCUCUCUUUGUUGGUUACGGCCUGCGCUCUGUUUGCUCAACCUUUGAUGGCCGAAAAUGUUCUGACCUACUGCGCUACCGAAAAUACCGGUGCCUCCCAAGCGUCAAAUUACAGUGACUUCCAGUCGAACGGAUUGUGCGAAAAUCAUUGUGCCAGCUACGGUCUUGGAGUCUUGCAAGGGAAGCACUGCUGGUGUACGGACGUCGCUCCCGCUGUGGCCGACAGGAAAAGUGUUUCGGAUUGUUCUACCGGUUGUCCUGGCUACCCUGCAGAUAGCUGUGGUAGCUCUUCCAAGGGCGUUUUCGCGUAUGUCGCGGUCUCUGGCAACGACGACGACGUCACAAGCACAGCUACGGCGUCUGAUUCUACUACAUCCACAUCGACAUCAUCAACCACAUCAACCUCUUCUACUACCUCCGAUGUCACAACUACCGCCCAAUCCACUGUUGCCGUCGAGACCAAUGCCAGUGGAGAAGUGAAAACCGUUACCGUUGCAGCGUCGUCCGCAACCUCCAGCCUCGAUCUUUCAUCCGCCAGCACUUCCAAGAAGGGACUUGGCGGAGGCUCAAUCGCUGGUAUUGUCAUCGGCGUGCUUGGAGGUCUCGCCCUUGUCGGCGCUCUCAUCUUCAUGGUCUUCUUUUAUCGGAAGCGAGCGCGUACUGCCAGUCCUGUUCCCAGUCAAGACAUGACUGACCGCACCAGCCAAGGCUCGAACUUCUCCCGCGGCGUUUUUCCUCAAGGCGCGACUAGUCUGGGACGCAAGGGAACUUUCACCGAUGGUCGCCUUAAGACCACCAUCUAUCCCAACGGUCCUCGCGAUAGCAGUGUGUCGCUGCAAGAUAAUGAAGACUAUUCGCGACCAGUCCUCCGGCUUACCAACCCCGAUUAA